AUGUUGCUCUGUGACGACGAGCCCUCGCCGAUAUCGAGUGACGAGGGAUUUUUCAUAUGUGAAAAGCAAGGAAGCAUGGAUAGGGAUGAAACAGGGAGAGAGAAUGACGCGGAGAAAGUUGAUAAUAUUGGGACGAAUGAGAAGUCAGAUUGCGAGGAAACGAAAGAGAAAAAAACGGCAUCGAAUCGUUUGAGUCGAAUGAUGGUGGAUAAAAAAUCGGGUACGGAGAUGACGAUCGACGGUGAAGAAGUAAGGGGAGAGAAAGAGGGCCUUGAAAGUCGGAGCUUGCAGGGGCAGCCAAUUACAAUACAAAUUGAGAACAGUGACAAAUCGAUAGCGUUGUUUCCGCAAGAAAUUACGACGCCGACGACGCUAAGCAAAGAGAAUAAAAUAAGAGGAAAGAAGAAGACAGUGGCCGUCCAGGUAAAUUUAAAUUCAAUGGAAUCAAUGGGAGACUCGAAUUGCCUGAAACUGAAUAAGCUGCGUUGUUCGAACAAGUCUGGAUUAUUGCAGAGUUCAGUUAAAAUGAAAAAGCCCGAGAUUGCGAGCGAAAAACCAGUUGAAAACAAACGAGAUUCAGGGGGCAGCGAUUCGACGAAAAUAUAUUUAUGGAGCGGUAAAAAUUCCAAGAAAAAGCAACAAACGCCGUUGUUCAAGAGUCAGAGCGUUAUCGAAAAAGCAACGAAAACAGCGACCAAUCAGCACUUCACGAUACACGAACCGUUGCAAAAGAGCAACAGCCUCAUUGAAAAAACAUCGAUCAAAUGUAAAAAACCGUCGAUCGGUUGUAGCCCAUUGAAAAAACUCAAUCGUUCCUCGUUGACGAUAGAAUCUGAAAAAAUAACCAUCAAUCUCUCAAAAUAUUCACCUUGCGCCAGUCGAUUAGCCGCAAGCUCGAAAAUCCUUUCUAGCAACUCUCCCCUCAGUCCCGACAGUCCGUUACAAGCUGUUCGAUCAAAAAGUCCAAGACGACGAGACGUUCAAGAAAACGGACUUUUGGAUCCCACGAGGCAUAACGAAAAAUCAACCCUUCAGGCUAGUCUCUCGUUGAACAUACAACAAUAUCGAAAAUCACAUCCUGCCCCAAGGAGCCGUAGCGUUGGUGACAGUUGCGUCACUUCACCGACCAGCGAAGCUACCACUUUGAGUUAUUCACCAACGGGAACCGAAAUUUUGUCCCUCGAAGAAGUCUGCCCACAAAUUACCGUCAACGACGUCAACGUCGACGACUCGAUUAUGGUUUUACAGAAACAAGAGAUCAGAGACAAAUUUAGCGAGAAUUAUAUCGCGUGCUCGCGCAAGGCCAAUCUCGAAACAAAGUGUUAAUCUUAUCCGAAGUUCCCCCCUUUUUUUACGUACUCAUCAAUCCGUGUUUCCAUCGUUCCAAUGCAACGAAUGUAUGCUUCUCGAGUAUUCGUUUCGUUAUUCGCUGUUGCAGCGAAUUUUAUUUCUACUGAUUUUUCUAAAUUCGAAUUUUUAGUCUGCUUUGUGGUGCUCCAUAAAAUUCACAGUAAUUUCAGCUUUUAAACGUUGAAAAAAUGUCCCAGUCCACUGAUUAUUCGUUAAUUUGCUCACAAAAUUACCAAUUGAGUUUGAAAAAAAUAUUUUCAGAAUUUCCGUCGACUCAUCGAUGACCAAAAAUCUCACGACUUCAAAUAUUUCCAUCAAAAAAUGUUGUGUGAAUCUAGAAAAAAGUGUGCUGUUAGAAUUCGUUGAAUUGUAGCGAUGGAAACAUCGUUUUUAGGUCACACUUAUCUUUUUUAUCACUUUACAAAAAGCACUGUAAAGUUAAUCAAUUUUCACGAUUCUUUAGGGACGAAAAUUCGAAGAAUCAAAGCUCCAGGGUGCUGCUCACGACUGUUCAUUAAAAAUAUAAGAACACUCUUAUCCGUUGUUCCGUCAUAUAAAAUUACGGAAACAGGGCAAGUAACAGAGAGAAAGAAAGAGUGUGAGCGAGGAGGAGGAUAUUCGUCCUCGUGAGAAUCUUGUCUCGCCUCGCCGGUAAACCCGGGACUUCAAAGUUUAAUUUCAUAUUCCAGUUGUGCGAGAAAUAAUUUGUGAAGACAUGAGAAGUAAAUGAAAGAAAAAUAUCGUCAGUGCCAAAGAAGAGAAAUGCAAUCGUUGUGCAAACGUGAGCGAUCGAACGAGAAUUCAUAAUCAAUUUGAGAAAUCCCGUUUUUAUUUUAAUUCUCCUUUUUUUCUACAUUUAUUUUUUACUUUUUACCGCGAAGGAGAAUGAGAACCGGGCGAAAGUUAGAGUUUACCAGAUGACUUUUAUAAUAAAGAAAUAAAAAACGAAUAAAUCGAUGGAAUAAUGAAAAAAAAAAAGAAUAAUGAUGCUAAUGAAAAAUAUGAAAUAAUGAUAAAAUUACACGUCGUUCUGUCUCUUGCUGAUGGACAACCAGUCGGUACCUGAAAAAUUGUAAAACGGUUUACCGCGCGGUGUAUAAAAGACGUCUAUAUAGCGAGAAAUGGCUAAUACUGCCCUAAUUCAUCCUCGAAUAUAUUUCUACUACUUGUGUCUCUAGCGAUGAAACUUAUUUACCAUUAUUGAGAUCGUAAUCAUUACGAGAAAGAUGAAUGAGAAGAAGGAUUAUUGGAGUUUGUAUGGUUGGCACGAAACAAGCGCUUGUUCUCAUAUUUUUUUCUAUUUCUGGAGUUGUCGAAUCAGCUUUUAUUGUGAAAUUUCGUGCGAGCUUCAUGCGAAUAUUUCGUAAAACAAAUUCGAUCAGUCAUCGUACUGUUGCAAGUGCAAAAGAGCUGAAAAAUAUUCGAAAGAACGUUUCGUUUCGUUCCAACGAUGCAAAUUUCAACGUACAUAAUUUCAAAAAGGACGAGGAAAGGGGAAACGAGUAUUAGAAAUAUCCUGUAGGCUCGUUGAUAGUUAAAAGAAGAAGGAAAAAAGUUGAAAAGCAAAAAAUAUACCCACCAAAUAUCGACGACUGGAAAUCUUCCAUGGUAAUGUUAGUUGCGUAGAAUGGUUUAAAAUAAAAUGAAGAAAAUGAAGAAAAACGAGAGGAAAAACAAAAAAAGCACUAAACUAAAAUAGUUGGUACGAAAACAAAAUAAAGGAUAGAAUUAAAUGCAGCGUUUGAUGCAAUGUUGUGUCUUACCGAAGAUAAAACAAGAUAAAGAGAGAGCGUUUUAAAAAAUGAUCACGAUGCAGAAAAUAAUCUUUUACACGAAUAAUAAUAAUGGAGUAAUGCAAAGCAAAAGCUAGGGACAAUAUCAUUGCCAAACUCGACUAAUGAGUUAGUUAAUUAUCCGAAUAUGAGUGUACCAUCAUUGAACAAAACAAAAAACAGAUAAGAAAUGGAAAAAUUCUAACCUGACGUUAAGAUCCGUUAGAAUUCUUGUCAUAGCGAUCGAGGAUGUAAAUAUUAAAUUGUCAUUAUUAUUAUUAUUAUAAAGAAUCAAUACAAUCAUGUUUUAUUGUUUUUUCGAAUCACUAGGUUUUUCACCAAAAAUAAUCAACGCGAAAAGUUUAAAUAUAUACUAAAGUCGAGCGUUUGCUUCUCUAAAAUAAAAAAAAAAAAGCCAAAUGCCUUCUGGAUGUCUCGUAAACCUAAACGAAAGAAAAUGAGGAAACAAACGUUUAGUUCGCUGUUACGAAACUGUCUUUUUCGACGAGAGUGAGAGUUUACGUUUUAAUGAUUAUAUAGUUUACGAAAUUUACGUAUAAGCAUAUUUCCAAAAACAUUCACUAAUGGAAAAAAAAGUAACAUUUUUUCGCGUCAAGAAGUCAAAAUCGUCGAUUGCAACACAACGGUUGUACCACUCUAACAUAGAGAUACGCGAAUCACGUUAAUUUUGAACAAAUUCACCAUUUUUUUUAUCACUUUUUAUUUUGUUGUACUUAUUUAUUAUUCAUUAUUUCGUAAAAGUGACCUUUGAGUUUCAUGUUUUCAAGCCCGUUCGCUUGUUGUGAAAUUUAUUGUUUUUUUUUUUUUUUAAUGAACAAAAAAAUCUCGAACUAGGACAGAAUAAUGAGGAAACGUCCAGAAAUUUUUUCGAUUUACUUAGAAUUUGAUAUUUCCGAUGUCGAGCAUUUUUUCUACAGUAUUCUCGCAAAGUUCUCAAAAAUCAUUAAAUGGCUCGACAUUUCAAUUGUAAAUUGAGGCUCGUUGAUAAAUUCUCUUUCACGAAGCAAUACAAAAAUGACGAAUCACGUUGAACAGAAAGUAAAAAGGUGCGUGGCAGAAAAUCUUUUGGUCAUUUUUAUAAAAUAAUCAAUAAUAAGUAAUCCCGGAGGAAAAGGACGCGAAGAAAUGCAAGGUUCAUUGAAGAUAACGACAAAUCGCUGUUUCUCGUUUAAUGGUUGUUCAAAUUGUUCUCCGGUUCGUAUAUGUUGCGCGCGAUUGUUCGGUGGAUAUUCGUCUUCAAUGGUAGUUUAAAGAUUUUCAAUUUUAAGGCUCCUGUUAAUUUGUGGUUAGAAGAAAGGGAAGGAGAAAAAUUGUAAUGUCUCAAAAUCGUACUUAAAAGACGUCGUUUCAAUGUGAGAUAAGCAUCGAUAUUAUUUUUGGGCAUAGUUGUUUAUUAAAAUUUUUUUAAAUCCGAUUAUUGUUUAUAACGUUUUCAGAUAAAAUCGGUGGAUCGUAUGAUCCAAGUUCGUGCGUAUUUUUUGACAGAAUCUUUUAUUUUUCACUAUCGUAUUAUUCAAGAUUAUUUGCGAAAUGUUGUGCUCUUUCGAAAAAAUGGAGUUACAGAACGAGCGAUUACAAAUACUAUGUUUCAUGCAAAGAGUUUCAUGUACUUGAGAAUUUUAUCGUACAUGUGUGUUGAGAGGUUAAACCUUUCGCGACACAUGCUCAGACGUAGGAUCGAUGAGAACAUGACGCACGAAACGAUGAAUAAAAACAUUCGAACAAAAUCAUGCGAACAAAACUAACACUUGGAAUCGUGUACCGAGCAUGCAUUUUAUACUCACUUUUUAGGCGGUAUAAUUGUUGAAAUGAAAAUUGCUGAGAAGCGAAGGACGAGUAAAAGUGGAGAAAAAACAAAAAAAAAUAGGAAAACAUUGUUGGAUGGUACACCUAACAUUAAUCAUUGUCGAAGACCUCAUUCCAUUGUCUCCUUAGCUGUGUUAAUGAUUGAAGAAGAAAAAAAGCUAAUGAAAACACGUGAGAAAAGAGAAAAAAUGAUGAAAAAAAACACUGAAGCGAUAAUCGAAGUACUAUUUCAUAACGAUUAAUAAAUAAACAUUCGUAAUUAUAGGAUUAACGGAUUUUCUACGAUCCCGAUCGUUCGAAGAGAUAAAACAAAGAAAAUGAAUGAUGAAUACGAGAUUUGUCACGCGAGACGAUAAAUCGUCGAGAAAUAUUUCGAAAACGUCGAAACGAACGUCACUGUUAUUUUAGUCGAAUUUCGAAACCACAGCUUUAUUUUGCUCAAUUAAAUAUUGUUUGGCUCAAGGGACAAAUUUGACGGAGUAAAUGUCUCCGAUGGACUUUGGUACGUUCGGCAUACAACGGAGGCGUUUAUAGCGAUAGCAAAACGUUCGUUUCGUCGUUCGAACGUUCGAUGAGUUUUGAAUUUUUGCCAUCGAUGAUCAUUCUCGGUGUGUGCGUACGUGCGAAAGAUUACUCGUGACUAUGAAUGCGAUCGUGUCAAUUCGUUCAGUGAAAAAUGGGCGCGUUGAGUGACGUCGAUAUUUAUACUGUAAAUAUAGCAUUACGAGUAAGCUCGAAAAAAAAAACAAAAAAAAAACAAAAGAAAAAUAAGUGAAAAACAAAACGAAUGGAAAAAGGCAAAGGGGGACGAGGAAAAAGGGGAAAAAUGACGAAGAAACGGAUAUAUUUGGACAAAAGUGUUUGAUUUGAUGUACUUAUUGGAUCGUGUGUUCGAAUGGGAUUCUGACAAGUGAGAAUAACGUUUACGUGACGAUUGAUACGCCGGAGGGAGGGGGACAAGAUAAUAGACUCGUGUUAAACGUGAUUUAGCUUAAAAGACGCAUGUUACAUUUGACGAUACUUGAGACAGGGUGGUCCGACAGAUUCUAAAAAUGCAACUCUUCAAUCAUGUAUUCCUAACUAAUGAAACAACAGAUUAAUUAAAUAACGAAAAAAAAAAAACGAUACAAAAACCAUUUUCACUUUCGAUUCGAAGUAUGAAAAUGGCCAUUUUUAAACGUAGCUUUUCAUCUGCUUCCUCGCGAACGCCUGAACGGUGCACCCUGUUACGAGAUUGAAUGCAAUAUACGUGGACGCAUUUAUUUAGUUUGUAAGAAUAAUAAUAUGUAUAAAUAUAUCGAAAUUCGAAUGAAACGUUGAUACGACGAAAACAUUUGAUAUCGCGGUUUCGGGUGAAGGUACCAGCGUGAAGGAUUAUAAUUAUUCUUUUGUAGAAAUUUUAUUCGUUAGUUUUACCACUGGAAAAAUACGUUUAAGAUCAUUAUUUCGUAAGGUCGGAGUUUAUCCUUUUUUAAUGAAUUUUUUAAACUCUCAAUAACAGGCACGUUUGAGUCGAAACGCCGUUUGACGUCACUGGUGCUCUUCACCCUCGCGGACAAAAACGGUCCAGUUGUUGGCCCACGAUUACUUUAUAAAUGACAUUGGCAAUUUUUCACGUUCUCGAGACCUUUUGCACUGUCCUCCAAAAUCGCUUUUUCACGGGGCCAAUAACUGUACCGAUCGAGUCUACUCGUUCUUUUUUUUAAAUUAGUUUUUCAUUUUUUUUUCUUUUCGCGAUGGUGGAUGCAGAGUGAGUGUGAGUGCAAUUUUACCUCUACCAAUACGUAUACACGCGUAAAACAUGCGUCGAUUCGAAAUUGUGGGGAGAACGGAGGUCCGAUGAACGACAAAAAAAACGAGGAGAAACAAUCACCGUAUAUCGCGGUCGUGGAAUAUCACGAAUCGAAACACUUUUUCCCCCUCCUCGAGAGAAACAAAAAAUAACAAACUAUACGAACGAGAAACGUUACCGCGGACAAAAUUACUUUACUCAUUUCCCCAAGAAACGUUGAUUAUGUAUUAUUACAAUGUGAAUUACAUAUAUAAGCACAUUAA